AUGUCCUCUGGAUGGAGAGUGAAGGCCAAAACAGUCCGAGGGGUCUCAGAGUGUGGACGUGACUGGGGCAAACUGGAGGCAACCACCUGUGUCAUCAAGGAAGCCUACCACUGGAACAGUGGAGAGUACUGGUGUGAGUCCACUUUAGGAGAGAGAAGUCCAGCUGCCAACAUCACCGUCACUGACAGUAAUGUGGCCCUGGAGAGUCCUGUGUUUCCUGUGACGGAGGGACAAUCUGUGACUCUGCGCUGCAGGACCCAAAGCAACUCCUCAGACCAGCAAGCCAGCAUCUUUCGAAAGAACAGAUCUGUUGUUGGUGCAGCGAUCACAGGGCAGAUGACCAUCCCUGCAGUGUCCAAGUCUGAUGAGGGCCUCUACAUGUGCAUGAUGCCUGAUGUUGGGGAGUCAGCAGAGAGCUGGCUCUUUGUCAGAGAAGGAGCCACAGAGACAGAAAGGUCACGUCCACCGUCUGACGGCUUUACUGGAAAUGUGACAGAAGGUCCUGGUGCUCCUGCAGCUCCCCUCCUGUCUGUCUCCAGACUGAUGUGUCAUGUAGUGGUGGGAGUUCCGUACCUGCUGUCCACCAUCCUACUGGGACUCAUAUGCAGAGACAGAGCAAGAGGAAAGACACUUGCCGUCACCACGGAGAUGCCACAGCGUAGUGCAAGAGGACAGGGACUGGAUAAUGACUAUGUUGAUGCCACCACUGAGCAUGACCUCUGAGCUCUGCAGAGAUUGUGUGUUACAGUGAAGCUGCACUUAUUUUUACAAUGAAGGGAUUUAAAGGAUCAGUGUGUAAGAUUUAGUGGCAUCUAGUGGUGACGAUUGUACACUGCAGCCAGCUGAAACGUCUCCUGGUUAGAAUUCCUUCAGUGUUCAUCGUUCAGGAGGUUUGUACCAGGACUUGAAUCAUCCACAGAGGUCUCUUCCUCUCCAAAACAAACGGACCAGGCGACUGAAACCAGUAGAAACACUGAAUAAAGUAGUUUCACAUUAAAAAAAUCUAUGUUUUAACGACACUCUCGGUGCAGAUGGGCUUCUAACUAUGCAGGCUGGUGCAAAAACGCGACAAGGGGAAUGACCAUAUCUAAAGCCAGUGUUGGGCUUCUACUGUAGAAACAUGGCGGUGCAACAUGGUGAUCUCUGUAGAUUCUUAUUUUCAGGUGAUUAUACACCAAAGAAAACUACUUACUAUAUUACAUUCCAAUUUAGCCAAUAUAUCCCCCUAAAUCCUACACACUGGGCCUUUAAUACACUGCAGAUUGUUAAUUGUAAUAUUUUUAAUUGUUGUAUGAUUAAGAAUUAUCCUUGGAUUUACAGUGUUUGAACUCAAGGAUAUUUUGUCAGAAAGCAAACUUGUAGCUCUCUUUUAGCAUGUGCAUUCGAAUGUGUUUUAAGCAGUUAUUAUGGGCUUAAUACUGCUUAAAAAUCAAAAAAUGAGGAGGGUUAGCUUAUCACCCUUGAGUGAUAGGAUCAGUGAUGAUGAUGAUGACUGUGCUGGUGGGUGGCGC